AUGGAUUCUUCUGAACGAGUUGCCAUUGAAGAGCAAGUGACACGAUUAAGCAUGGCUAUCGAGAAGUACAAUACGGAGUUAAUACUGAAAAAGUCUGGCUUGUACAAUGAAAAGACCUGUGAUCUUAUCGAGUCUCCUGCUGACUUGAUUGGCUACAUUUACACUAAUUGUAUAGAUUGGAAGUCGGCAAAGGAUCGAGGUACGUUAUUGAUUUCAUUUUAG